AUGACACAGUGGGGUUCCGAAGAACCGCUAAGUCGGAUUAUCAAAGACGCUAGAAUACAAGAAUCUCACCUUACCCUUUCGGACGAGGCUGCAGUUCCCACGAUGUCCCUGUAGUGCUGUGAUCGCAAAAUGGAUACAACAGGAUGUGACACGAAAAUGGUAUAAGAUUAUGUCGAUUUUAUUACCAUGGCCGCGAAAAUACAUGGUCAUGCAAUGUUUAUUCAUAUAUUCUUCGUCUGUGCCAACAAUUCACAAAUUACCUACAGAGCAACCACUAAACUCUUCCAGUACCAAAAGACCUCUGUCACAAACAUCAGCCGAUGACAAACCCAACUACAUAAGCUUAAAUGACAACUUCAUGUCUUCACUAACCAAUCUACAUAAAAAAAUUGCACUAAAACCACUAUACUCCCAAUCUCCAGUAUUCGAUGCCAAACUAGAGAAAAUGCUGGCCCCAGAAAUAAUAAACAAUAAAAUUCCUAUGCACAAUCUAAACAACUCUCAAAAACCUCCUCUAAGACAUCUUCGGAUCAGCUCAUCCAGUAGAAAUCGUUAG